GGGCCAUGGUAUCCUGCGCCCAGCGGUGACAGCUCAGGAGGGUGUGUCUGUCUGCUCAUCAGGGGCAGGCAUGGACCAGUCCACGGCGAUCCAGGAGACCCUGGCUGAGGGGGAAUACUGCGUCAUCGCGGUGCAAGGCAUGCUGUGUGAGGGAGACAGUCGGCAGAGCCGCCUCCUGGGGCUUGUCCGAUACCGUCCGGAACACGGUGGCCAGGAACACGCCCUCUUCCUGUAUACGCACCGGAGGAUGGCCAUUAUCGGGGAUGAUGUCUGUUUGGACCAGAUAGUGCCAAUCUCGCGGGAUUUUACGCUGGAAGAAGUCUCCCCAGAUGGUGAAUGCUACAUCCUCGGCUCAGAUGUGACCAUCCAGCUGGACACAGGGGAGCUCAGCCUCAUAUUCCAGCUCCCCUUUGGCUCACACACCAGGACGUUCCUCCAGGAAGUCUCCAGGGCCUGCCCAGGCUUCGAUUCUGCGACCCCAGAUCCCGAGUUCCUGUGGCUGUCUCGAAACAGGUGCAUGGAGCCGGAGCCGGAGCCGGAGCCGGAGCCGGAGCGGGAGGGGGACUCUCCAGUGCCUCGGGGUGGUUCUAUCUUUGACAAUUCGGGGCCAAAUGGGAAAUGUCUGUUUGUGGACCAAAGCUCCAGGAGUCAGGAUAAAUCAGAAAACCUGUUUACCAGACAGAAUAAAUCCAAGUCUGAAAUUACCAACAUGGUUCGCUCCUCCGCUGUCACAGUAUCAGACAAGGCUCAUAUUUUAUCGAUGCAAAAGUUUGGCCUGCGAGAUACAAUUGUGAAAUCACAGCUACUACAGAAAGAAGAGGAAUACACCUAUAUCCAGAACUUCAGAUUCUUUGUGGGAACAUACAAUGUGAAUGGACAGUCCCCCAAAGAAUGCCUCCGACCGUGGCUAAGCCAUGGUAUCCAGGCUCCAGACGUGUACUCUGUAGGAUUUCAGGAACUUGAUCUGAGUAAGGAAGCCUUUUUUUUUCAUGAUACCCCAAAGGAGGAAGAGUGGUUUAAAGCUGUAUCAGAGGGUCUUCAUCCAGAUGCCAAAUAUGCAAAGGUGAAGCUCAUCCGACUAGUUGGGAUUAUGCUCCUUUUAUAUGUCAAGCAAGAACAUGCAGCAUAUAUCUCAGAAGUGGAAGCUGAGACUGUGGGGACAGGAAUCAUGGGGAGGAUGGGUAACAAAGGUGGAGUGGCAAUCAGGUUUCUGUUCCACAAUACCAGCAUCUGCAUUGUGAAUUCUCACUUGGCAGCCCACACAGAAGAGUAUGAGAGGAGGAACCAGGACUACAAAGACAUUUGUUCUCGAAUGCAGUUUUGUCAGGUUGACCCAAGCCUUCCCCCUCUGACCAUCAGCAAGCAUGACGUGAUCCUGUGGCUGGGGGACCUCAACUACAGGAUAGAAGAGCUGGAUGUGGAAAAGGUGAAAAAGCUCAUCGAAGAGAAGGCCUUUCAAACCCUGUAUGCGUAUGACCAGCUGAAGACUCAGGUGGCUGCAAAGGAGGUCUUUGAAGGUUUCACAGAGGGCAAACUCACAUUCCAGCCUACAUAUAAGUAUGAUACUGGCUCUGACGACUGGGAUACCAGUGAGAAGUGUCGUGCUCCUGCCUGGUGUGACCGGGUCCUCUGGAAAGGGAAGAACAUCACUCAAUUGAGUUACCAGAGCCACAUGGCCCUGAAGACCAGUGACCACAAGCCUGUCAGCUCAGAGUUUGACAUUGGGGUGAGGGUCAUAAAUGACGAGCUUUACCGGAGGACCCUGGAAGAGAUUGUUCGCUCCCUGGAUAAGUUGGAAAAUGCCAACAUUCCCUCUGUUUCUCUCUCCCAGAGAGAGUUCUGUUUUCAGAAUGUGAAGUACAUGCAGUUGCAAGUAGAAUCCUUUACAAUUCACAAUGGACAAGUACCCUGUCAGUUUGAAUUCAUCAACAAGCCUGAUGAAGAAUCCUACUGUAAGCAGUGGCUGAAUGCCAACCCCAGCAGAGGGUUCCUCCUGCCAGAUUCUGACAUUGAGAUUGAAUUGGAGCUAUUUGUAAAUAAGACCACAGCCACAAAGCUCAACUCUGGUGAAGACAAAAUUGAGGACAUUCUGGUUUUGCACUUGGACAGGGGAAAGGAUUACUUUUUGUCUGUGUCUGGAAACUACCUACCCAGUUGUUUUGGGUCUCCCAUUCAUACACUGUGCUAUAUGAGGGAGCCAAUUUUGGAUCUACCACCUGAAAUAAUUAGAGAACUGACUCUGAUGCCAGUACAGGCUGAAGAUGAUGGGAGCCAGUUGGAGAACCCCAUGGAAAUCCCCAAAGAGCUCUGGAUGAUGGUUGAUUACCUGUACCGAAAUGCUGUCCAGCAGGAAGAUCUGUUUCAGCAACCAGGCCUGAGAUCAGAAUUUGAGCAUAUAAGGGACUGUUUGGAUACUGGAAUGAUUGACACCCUCUCUGCUAGCAAUCAUUCUGUAGCUGAGGCCUUGUUGCUUUUCCUGGAGAGCCUCCCAGAGCCUGUCAUUUGUUACAGUGCCUACCAUAGCUGUUUGGAGUGUUCUGGCAACCACACAGCAAGUAAACAGGUCAUCUCCACUCUCCCCAUAUUCCACAAAAAUGUCUUCAACUACUUGAUGGCGUUUUUGCAAGAAUUGCUGAAAAAUUCAGCAAAAAAUCAUUUGGAUGAGAAUAUUCUAGCUAGCAUAUUUGGCAGCUUGCUGCUUCGAAGCCCAGCUGGUCACCAAAAGCUUGAAGUGGCAGAAAAGAAGAAGGCUCAAGAAUUUAUUCACCAGUUCCUCUGCAACUUAUCUUAAGCCUUCUAUCUCCUUCCCUAUUUUACUGGAGGCAGCCAAUUACCAGCCCCACCUAUUUCAGCUCAAGGGAUGCCUUAAGAGGUGUGAGGUCCUCUUGGAAGCAAGAAUGGUAGUUGCCUGUUUUCUGAGCCCAGAUCCUCAUGGCUAGCACACUCAGCGCUAUUAAAUUGUGAAAGAUACAGGGGAAAAUCCACAACAAUAAAACUGACAUUUGGUGUUCAACUUUAGUUAUUUAACACAGCUAGAUCUCUAUUCCAUCUUUUAAUUUAAAAAUUUUUAAAAUAACUUUACUUCUUGUGCUCUUGCAGUAUGCCUUCAGGGCAUAGUCAGUACCUUCCCUGUGUCCUGGGAUGAGCGCCUCAUGAUCAGAUAUCAUUUAAACAAACUUUGGAGUCCUGAAAGGAAAGUGAGUUGGACAGUAAGAAUGCAGAUGGAAAUUGCUGAAUAAACAGGCUGCACCUCAGGGGCUUCCUGUGCUCAGUCUGAGGACAUGUGUAUAUGCAUAUGGAGACCCUAUCCUCCACCUACUCAGAAGUGGCUCAAUAUUUGAGGCUGGCCACUCAGUCUCUGAGGGCAACAGUGUCUUGAAAAUGAAAGCACAGAAGAAAUCAGUGUUCUGGUGAAGUAAGUGGGAUUUUCUGGGCCAGCAAAUCCUCCAAACUGUAUAUAAUGCAUCCCUUCAUUUGUGUAAUAUAUUUUGAUGAUAAAUGUAUUUUUAACAGUG